AUGACUGAUCAAGAAGCACAAAUUCCUAAACCUGAUAAGAAAAAUUUCAUUGAAAGUGAUGCUGGAGAUGGUACUAAACGUGAAGAUCAAUAUUUAACCGGACCUAAAUUAAUCUUAUGUUUUAUUUCCGUGUUCUUAUGUAUGUUCUUAGCGGCGUUGGAUCAAACUAUUGUGGUAACGAUUUUAUCUACUGUAGGUAAUAAAUUUGAUAGUUUUUCAAAAGUUGGUUGGUUAUCAUCGGGGUUUAUGUUAACUUCCGCCGUAUUCAUUCAAGUUUAUGGAAAGCUUUCCAUUAUGAUCGGUAGAAAAUAUACCAUGUUAAUUGCCGUAUUAAUCUUUGAAGCUGGUUCAUUAAUGUGUGGACUUUCAAAUAAUAUGAAUACUUUAAUUGGAGGUAGAGUGUUAGGAGGGAUUGGAGCUGCUGGUAUUCAAACCUUAUCACUUGUGAUUAUUACUGAAAUCUUACCUAUUCAAAAGAGACCACUUGGAAUUGCGGUUAUUAGUUUAGUUUUCGCUGUGGCCAGUAUUGUUGGUCCAUUGAUUGGUGGUGCAUUAACUACCAGAGUGUCAUGGAGAUGGUGUUUCUUUAUCAAUUUACCUAUCGGAGGUAUUGCGGCUGUAUUCUUAUGGUUUGCAUUCAACCCACCUGUUCCUAAAUCAAAUUUAAUUGAAGAAUUAAAGAAAUAUGAUUAUUUCGGAACCUUUUUAAUGAUAUCUGGAUUUGUGGUAUUUUUAUUAGCCUUAACUUUUGGUGGAGUUAAUUACCCAUGGGGUUCAGCACCAGUUAUAUUAUGUUUUGUCUUAGGAGGAGUUACUAUUAUUGCAUUUGUAAUUUGGAAUAUUUAUUUUUCCAAGAAUAAAUUAUUUCCUAAUGAAAUCACUAAAGUUCCCCAAAUUAUUGCCGCUGUUAUUUCAAUCGGUACUAUGUUUGCUUAUUUCAUGGGUAUAAUUAUCUUUGCUGCUCUUUAUUUCCAAGUUAUUCAUGAUGCCAGUGCUAUGGGAUCUGGUUUACAUAUUUUACCAUUAUUGAUUUCAUUUGUAUUAACAUCGGUGAUUUCAAGUGUUAUUAUUCAAAAAACUCGUUAUGUUAAACCUAUCACUAUAUUUUCGGGUAUUUUAGGUCCAAUUGGUGCCGGUUUAGUUUGUCUUUUAAAAGUUGAUUCAUCAUUUGCAGCUCAAGUAGGAUUAUUAAUUGUUUCCGGUAUUGCAUUAGGAUCUCAAAUGCAAUCGGCAGUGAUUAGUGCUCAAAUUAUGGCACCAAAGACUCCUGGUAGUACGAUUAUGGUUACUUCAUUGAUUGGAUUUAGUAGAUCUAUGGGAGGUACAGUAGGAGCUGAUCUUGGUGAUAUGGUUUAUUCUACAUCAUUAAAGAAUUUAUUUUUAAAGGCUAUUAAAGCGGAAACUAAUGCUGAGAUUUUAUCUGAAUUAGCUGGUAUUAAUAUUUCUGAAUUAGUGAGUGAUAAUUCAUUUAUUUCAAAAUUAAGUCCUAUUACUCAACAAUUUGUUAAAUUACAAGUGAUGAAUUCAUUAAGAAAUGUAUUUUAUAUGUGUAUUGGGUUUGCAUGUAUUGCCACAGUAUCUAAUAUAUUCAUUACUAAUAAAAGAUUACCGUCUGCUAAUAUUACGAAGAAGACAGGAGAUGAUGAAGAGAAGAAGGUUGAUGGUGAAGAGGAAGAGGAAGAAGAAGUUACAGUUGACGAAGAUGGAGACAAAGAACAAGCUGUUGCUAGUCUUGUUGAAAGCAUUCCAGAAACCAAAUAA